GAUUCCUCUCUCUCUGUCUCUCUCUCUCUCGAAGCGAAAAGAAAGGGGUCGCCUGAGAUCACGGACGAAGAUGGCGAAGGCCGUCGCGGUUCUCGGUAGCAGUGAUAGCGUCAAGGGCACCGUGUACUUCGCCCAGGAAGGGGAUGGUCCGACUACCGUGACUGGCACGAUUUCUGGUCUCAAGCCUGGACUUCAUGGGUUCCAUGUUCAUGCUCUCGGUGACACCACCAAUGGUUGCAUGUCCACUGGGCCGCAUUUUAAUCCUGCGGGGAAGGAACAUGGAGCGCCGGACGAUGCGGGCCGCCACGCCGGCGAUCUUGGGAAUGUGACCGCCGGGGAGGAUGGUACUGUCACUUUCUCCAUCACUGAUAGCCAGAUUCCCCUCUCCGGUCCAAAUUCCAUUAUCGGGAGGGCUGUUGUGGUCCAUGCCGAUCCAGAUGAUCUUGGAAAAGGUGGUCAUGAGCUGAGCAAGACCACUGGGAACGCUGGCGGAAGGGUUGCCUGCGGCAUUAUUGGAUUGCAAGCUUGAUCAUCUUUUUCACCUAUUGGUUGGAUGCUGAGGUUUUGUCAUAGAGUACAUUAGAACAACUAUUUGAGUUCCAAAGAAUGUGUACUGAAACUCUCCUUUGAGACAUCCCUUUCUGCAUGCUUUAUUUGGAAACCUUUACAUUAGCUAUGAAAAAUAAAACAACUUGGGGAGAUGAAUUCACAACA